GGAAGAGAAGUAGUGCUGCGGCUGUGAUAUAUAUCAGAGAUGCGCUCUGCGUCAAAUGGUUCUUCUUAGGGCGUAUAAGGAGAAGAAACAAAGCCAUACAAAGAGGGCUCUUCCUGGGCUAAAACCACCAUACUUCGUUUUAUCUGAAUCUUCGUCUCUCUCGAAAGAUCUAACCACAACAACUGCACAAGAUGGAUAGGUAUCAACGAGUGGAGAAACCCAAGGCGGAGACGCCGAUUGAUGCGAACGAGAUUCGUAUCACUAGUCAAGGCAGGGCACGGAACUACAUCACCUAUGCGAUGACUCUUCUUCAGGAAAAAGGUUCAAGUGAGGUUGUAUUCAAGGCAAUGGGAAGAGCUAUCAACAAGACUGUGACCAUUGUAGAGCUGAUUAAGAGAAGGAUCCCUGAUCUUCACCAGAACACAUCAAUGGGAUCCACAGACAUUAAAGACACAUGGGAACCACUAGAGGAAGGCCUUCUACCUUUGGAGACUACAAGGCAUGUGUCAAUGAUAACCAUUACGCUAUCCAAGAAAGAGCUUGAUACAUCCUCUGUUGGUUACCAGUGCCCGAUUCCUAUUGAAAUGGUGAAGCCAAUGGGCGAUAUCGAUUUCGAAGGACGAGAGGGUUCACCUGGUGGCAGAGGGAGGGGAAGAGGAAGAGGACGAGGAAGGGGAAGAGGAAGGGGACGAGGCGGCAGAGGAAAUGCCUAUGUGAAUGUUGAGUAUGAAGAUGGAGGUUGGGAGCGUGACCAGUCCUAUGGACGUGGCAGAGGACGCGGUCGAGGACGCAGCAGUCGUGGUCGUGGACGAGGAGGAUACAAUGGUCCUCCAAAUGAGUAUGAUGCACCACAAGAUGGAGGAUAUGGUUAUGAUGCUCCUCCUCAUGAACACCGUGGAUAUGAUGACCGUGGUGGUUAUGAUGGUCCUCCUCAGGGCCGUGGCGGUUAUGAUGGUCCUCCUCAAGGCCGUGGUGGUGGCUACGAUGGUCCUCAAGGCCGAGGUGGCUACGAUGGUCCUCAGGGUCGUGGGCGUGGACGUGGACGCGGAAGGGGAGGUCGCGGAAGAGGAGGCCGUGGUGGUGGAUUCAACAACCGAUCAGAUGGACCACCAAUUCAGGCAGCUGCUUGAGAGUGAGAUUUCUCUUUCGACAAACAUAAAAAGAAAAAAAGCCCAAGUCGUUGGAUGUUUUUUUCUAUCUCCUUGCUCUCUCUCUCUCUUUCUAUGUUUGCUUCUUCUGUCCAUCAAGAAGACAUGUUUGCCAUAAGUGUAUCUCUUUCCCCCUUUUUUUUUUCUUUAAAUCAAUUGAUUCACAGUUUUUUUAGUUUGUGGUCUGUUUUGUUUAGAGUCUCUUAGGGUAUAAUAUAUGUUCAAUUUAUUUUAUGGUUGGUCGUCGUCUUGGGUUUUUGCUAGAGAAGAACUACUGAGGCAUCUUCUUUCUUUCUUUUUUGUUUAUCAUCUCUUCUGUUAUGUAGUUUUGUUUAGGUGAGAGAGUGAGGCACAAGUUUGGACAAAUUAACUCUUUUCUAAGUUUUCUUCGUUGGUUAUCAGUUUUUUAAUAUGAUGGAACAGUUGAUUCUUUUA